AUGUUAUUAGGACCAGGCCCUCCCACUCCCAUGCAAACCGAUUUUAAACCUCAUGAUUAUCCAAGCUAUCAUAAACCCCCGCCGACAAGAACGUACUCCCCUCCCGAGUCACCUCGUACUCUUUCUUCGUUCUUUGAAGAUUCGAGGAUGAACAAUACCCAUCGAGGGCUGCCACUACCCGCUGCACUAAGUCUGCCGCCCCCGGAUCGUGGCCACGCAACAGCACCACCCGCUCCUCUGGCGCAUCUUCCUGCCCCUCCGUCCCAAUGGACCGGACAGGAUGACUCGAUGCGGAGUUGGCUUCACGCGAAGGCCGAGGAAGACCGGCGGAAGCAAGAGGAGGAAAGGACCCGUCAGGAGGGUCUACGUCUUGACCAAAGACGUAUCGAGCAAACCAUGUUGCGGGAAUCACUUCAAGGCGGUAUUCCUCCCCCCAUGGUUCCUCUCAUCUUUGCUGGAAUUGGCGGCGGUAACCUGCCAGCCCAUACAUUGGAGUGGGCGCAACAAUAUCUCGCCAGUCUGAGUAUUCAGAACCAGCAGCAACAGCAGCAAAUCCAGGCUCAACAACAGCAACUCCAACAGCAGCAACAGCUCCAGCAACAGCAACAAAUAUCUCCAGACGUCCAUCGGGACAGUAGGAUGAUUCCGCCCAACCCCUAUGGAUCGAUCCCGCCGCCGCAGCCUCAACAGAGUCUCGUUUCUACGCAGCCGGGGCAAGCACCAAGUCACGGUCGUAACUCUCUAUCCGGCCCUCAAGGAGCCACCUCUAGCCUGUCGCGGCUCAAUACUACAGAAUUCGUUCCCACUUCCGCAACGGUACAAGGAAAUCGGCAGUCUAUUCAUCAACUACAACACCCCCAAACAGGCUCGUCUGAGCAAUCAUCGACACCUGGGCUUUUCUUCCACCAUUGGACGCCCCCAAGUCAUUCAUCUGGAGGACAACCUCCGACGACUUCUGGGAAAAGCACUCAAGGGUCACCUUUCUCGCAACCUCCGGCGUCCCACCUGAGAUCUGAUUACCAGCACUCACCGAAGAAGCGUAAAGUCGCAGCAGGCCAUACAGGCCCUGCACCAACUUCGGAUCCCUCACUGCCCAUGUCAUCUCGAUCGUCUCGGGAGCGCGAGUUUUCGCCCGGACACCGCCACCGCUCGGAUCGGCAUUCGCGUCAAAACAGUGACGCUUCCAUGCGCGAUCAUGACUUGGGCGGUCGCCAUGUUCCGCGGCCUAGUAGUCGACAGCAACGUCGGGACGAAGCUGGUGGCGCGGCACCAGGCCCAAGGAGGCAACUUACUAAUUCGUCGACCAGUGGAUCAAGCGAUGACCACCCCCGUUCGGUAUAUGAGGGGUACAAGUCUGAAACGCGGUAG